UAGGUCUCUAUGAUGACAGUAUUAACAGCUGGAAAUGGUCCCUAAGUGACAGCAGCUUCUAUGGUCCUGGAGAAUACACCUAUAGAAACUGGCAAGAUGGCGAGCCCAAUGAUCAAUAUGGACAGCAGCACUGUACUAGAAUGUAUGGAAACAGCAAUAACAUGUACCCUAGUGGCACAUGGGAUGACUCUCGGUGCGACGACGUCAUAACACAGUUUGUGUGCUAUAAUGGUAUAGUAGGUGGAUCACCAUUCUAUGUUCUCAGUAGCAUUUCACUAAACUGGAAAGAUGCUCAGAUAUUCUGCAGGGCCCAUUAUGUUGAUCUGGCCAGUAUCCGAAAUCAGACCGAGAAUGAAAUGAUCAGACGCCUAAUAGGUGCCAGCAAUGUCUGGAUUGGCCUCUAUGGGGAAAGGCUGUGGUCUGAUGGCAGCCCCUCUCUGUUUCGACACUGGGUAGAUGGUCAGCCCAAUGAUUACAGAGGUGAUCAGUGUAUUGCUGGAUCAUUUUACUCUGGAAGAUGGUGGGAUGAAGUUUGCAGCCUGAAAAUGCCCUUCAUCUGUUACAAACCAAGGAAACUUGUAGGACCUCCAACCAAAGGACCAAAUGUUGUUGGUGUGAAGAUCCAGGUGAAGUCUCUGAACGUAUUCUCAGAAUCGAAGAUAAAUGCUGUUUUGACAGAGUUCUUUAAACAUCACGGUUUGCAACCACAGUCUUCUCUGAAGGUUCGUUCUGCUACACCAGAAGAAAGAAAAUCCAAGAAGAAGAGCAGGAUCAUUAGUGUGCAAUAAGUCCAUUUUGGAUAGUUGUUUUCUACCCUUUGAAAGAGUCUGUAAAAAAAAAUUUAAAUUAUGUCUUCAUACACUUUUGCUUCUAUACCACAUAUAUACCAAUGAUUCAUAUGGUAGUCUUAUGCUUUCUUCCUGGAAGCCCAGCCUGUUGUUAAAAUAUUUUAAAACUGAGGUAGUGUACAUUAAUUAAUUAAUUAAAUAAUAAUAUAUACCAAUAUAUAUAAUCUAUUCAUACACAUAUGAAUGUAUUUCUAUAGGUGGUUUUGCUCUUUUUUUCAAUAACUAUUGUGUUGUCUAUGUGAUCGAUAUUAAACAGAUCAACAAAGUG